AUGAGCUUUUCUCUUUAUUAUGAAAUAUUUUAUUUCAUGGAAUUUAUUUCAAAUGAUCAUAUGUUUUCUCGAGCAGGGAAAUCAUCUACUGAGAAAUUUCGAAUUUUAAGUGAAAAAGAAAGAAUAAUUUCAAGGAGAAUCCAAUUCAAGGCUCCUUCAAGAUUUUCAUUUAAUUCAAAACAAAAACAAACAUAUGAAUCAAUAAAUAAAUUAGCUAAAGAAGAAAUAGAAAAGCUUAAAAAAGCUAAACAAGAAGAAAAAGAAAUAAUAAAGCAUCAGACAACUUAUAGUUUUAAUGUCCAAUCGAGAGAUGACUAUUACGAAACUAAAGUAUUAUUUAUUUAGAGAAACAAAGACAAAAUCCCUCCUCCAGGCUGAUAUAAUAUAUCCUAUACACUAAAAGACCAAAAAUACCUCAUCCCAAAGCUGCAUCCUGAAAAACAAGAAAUUCGAGCUAAAACAACUAAUAACACACCUACAAGAUCAUCAUGAAAAGACUAUAGUUUCCAACAGGCAGAUCAUAUUCCCAGUGCAAUUCCUUUUCAUAAGCAGCAAAGUCGAGAAAGUUACAGUCGAAUUUCUAAAAAAACACCUAACGAAAAGCGCUUCCUAGUAAAUAAUUUAACGCCUACUGUUUGUUCAAAAUAUAAAAGGACUAAAUACCCUGACAUGACUAAAUACUUGCCAAGAGAUGAUUCUAUGUAUAAUGCACCUUGCUAUAACCCUCAAUAUAACCCUAAUAAAGAAGUUAUUAUGGAAAAUUUAGGAAAAGUAGUAGAUUUUGACAAAAUGUUGAGAAGGCAAAGCUUAUUUGAUAUAAAAGAUAUGCCGGACCAAUAUGAUGCGUCAUUUGAUUAUAUAGAUCCUCAUAAAAAAGUGCUGGAUUUUGGAAAAUCACCACCAAGGUUUCAAGAUGAUGUGUCGCCUAUGUCAUUUACACAGACAGUAAAUAAAAGUAGACAAGAAUUAAUCCGAGGCAUUUUUACUACCCAAUCAAAUCCUGUGUUUGCACUUUAUAGUAGUUUAACGUAA